UAAGUUGUUGUUGUUUUGUAUAGCAACUUUCUGUCAGGUUUGUGUAAUAUUCGUGCACUCUUAUGGUUGUUUUUCAGCUUGCCAUGAAACGCAAAAUUUAUUUCAUACAGACUCUGGCUCUGUAUGUUAUAUCAUUUGGUCUUUUCGACAAGGAACAUAGCUUGCGUGGUGCUACCUACUGGCAUCUACGUGAACAGAAUGGAGUGAUGCAAGUUGUCCCCGGAGAAGCGAAGAGGGAGCUUUUCGAAUCUGAUCCAUUUUUUAGCCUGCUCAUAAAAGCAAAUCCUCCUAAAAUCCAGUACAGUUUGUUGAAUCAGUCUAAGAAUUAUCAUGUUGCAGUGGCUGGCGUUCGAAUAAACUCAUCUGAUCAAGAUGCAACAGCUGUUGGCUCAUACAAUCCUGGUGUUCAUUGCGGCCCUCCAGUCUAUGAAACACCAUUUGAUUAUCUCCCUGGAAUUUCAAAGAGGAAGCAGCAUCCACUUUAUCCUGAACCUGAGGUUGCACUAAUUUUCAAGCAAAAUGAAUUUGAUGAGCCUAAUUUAGUUGAUAUUGAAUCAGGAUUGAAGGAAGCUAUGAUACAGGGUGAAAACAAAGUUGUGUUGUUUAACCAAGUUGGCAAUUUUUUGCGAAUCAAAGGUGAUACAUACCACUCCAUUGAAUGCUUUAGAAGUGCCUUGGCCAUAGCACCAAACAAUGCUGAUGUUUUGCUUAAUCUUGCUCGUGUUUUGCACAACCUUAAAUAUCUAGAUGAUGCAAUUACACUGACUCAGAGGUCUUUGGACUUACAACCAGCUGAUCACAAUUCGUGGCUGCAACAUUUCACAAUGGGUGAAAUCUUGAAAAGCCGUGGUGAUAUUGAAGAAGCAAAGGUGCAUUUUCGUAAUGCGCUAGAUUUAAAUCCAUCCUUCAUACCAGCAGAACUCCACCUUCGUGAUCUUGGCUAUGUUCAUGGAACACUUAAUACAAACAUGUACUCUUUGCUUUUAAUUUUUCUACUUCUAUCAUCAAUUUUCCCGUUUGUUUAUUUCACAGUAGUUGGUGAUGAUGAUUCUUCGAAGCCUAAAAGGCGAAUCAAAUCCUGACUGCAUGUUUAGCUGCACUUAAGUUAUUAUGUAGUGCUUGUAUAUCUCCAUUUUUAUCACUUGUAUUUUUGCAUUAAGCCAGUCAUUUAUUUACAAACUGAAACUGGACAGUACAGACACUGUAAAAUAAUGAGAACAUUCAUUCUGCCAUUCUUCAGUUAACAGAAUUAGUCCCAGCUGAUUUCUUCUGAUUUUAUAUAUGCAAGAUCUCUAUUGAGCUUGUCAAUAUUGAUAAUACUGGCAAACUUCUUUAAAAAUAUUUGAGAUUAUUCAAAGUAAUGCAAAUCACAAAUAUCUCUCAUAUGGAAACACAAAGUUCCCUGUUCAAAUAUUUGCAACAAUCCUUUAAGAUUCCUGUUUUAACUGAUAACGUUAAUUUAGCACAUUGUUUGUCUGUGUUUCCAAGAUUUUAAUUACUAUUGCUGUUGAUAUAUUGCAAGUUUUUUAGCUAUUUAUGUCUAUUUGGCUUUUUUCAACACUUUUUAUGUGGUGACAUGUGCUGGUGCCCAUGCCCUUUGCUUUGCUUGUUGGCUUUUUAGCUAUCAAAUCCAUGUCAAGCUUUAUUUCAUCGUAAAUAAGAAAGCUUUGUUCAACAGUGUUAAAACUACCUUUCUCCUUGUUAUGACUUGGUUUUAAGCCUUUGUCACAGUAAAAAUAGUAUUGCAUUUUAAAGCAUUGUUGAUGGAUUUUAUGGAAAA